AUGUGUCCUGUUUUUUUUUUUCUGAGAGCUUGCGCCAGGAAAAACUCGCCGGGAGAUGAAUCGAAAGCUUCAUGUUGUACUACUAGCCCUUUCUCCUUCUCUCCCCUCCAGUCGACCUCUCUCCAGGAAAGGCUUUUUUUCUGUUUUCCCACCGUCCCGCCCCUUUUCCAACCCCACGAGGUGGAAAUGCAGACGAUCUGA